AUGGAAGUCAACUAUGAAUGUCCUAUUUGUUUCGAAGAAUACACUUCAGAGUUCAAACCGCUUAUUCUUCCAUGUGGUCACAGUGCUUGCCAAGAAUGUUUAACUAACAUUAGACUGAAUGGAGAUAUUACCUGUCCCACAUGUAGGGUUAAUCAUCAAAGAAUAGAUAUAAAGAAACUCACAAUAAAUUAUGCUCUCAUUCCUUCAUCUUCCUCAAACAAGUCCAAGGUCCAAGAAUCGAUAAAACAAGGAAAUCCUGAAUAUCUCCAAAAUAUCCAAAAAAUUCAACAGCAGAUUCAAAAUGCAAAUAUCUCAUUAAAACAAAUUUCUAACGAAUACGAACAAGCUGCAGGCUUAAACCAACGAUGCAGAGAAGACUGCAAACAAGCAAUAGAAAUGCUAUUAACCGCUCUUCAGAAUUUAAGCAAUAAGUGGACUGCAAAUAUUGAUGAAGCUGAAAGGAAAAAUAAUGCAGAUUAUGCUCAUAUAAAUGAACAGUUCACAAAGUAUAUAGAGCAGAAAAAUAAUAUUUUAGCGAUUUUUCAAGAAGCAUAUACAACUGGAAAAGAAUUAGGUCCUUCAGCUCAAAUUGCGAUGGCUUCACAGGUGGACAUGCCUGAAUUCGAUGUAAAUCCAGCUUAUUAUGUACAUGAUGCACAGCCUGAUAUGGCCUUUGUAAAUGUGCUACAUGGACUAGGAGGAAGCAUUGUCAAAGGCAAUUUGUCAUCCCCAAAGCAAUUUGAUUCCCAAAUGACAACACCUGGAGGAAAUUCUAGUCUCUAUGAGAGCUCAAAUUCAGAAGAUUUCUACCAGAGAAGAGGAAGAGGAGGGAGAGGAGGAAGAGGAGGGAGAGGCUUUCCAAACUUUAGAAGCGACGGAUCCUUUAGGGGAGACGGAUCCUUUAGGGGCAGAGGAAGAGGAUUUCAAAAUCCUCCAGAUUUUAGGCAAAGUGAUAUAAAUUACCAAAACCAAUAUGAAGAAAGAAAGCGAGAAGAAAGAUUUGAUUGGGAUCAAAGACAAAACGAACAAAAUCCGCAUGAGAGAAAAAAAUAUGAAAGAGUAGACCAGAGACCGAUUGAAAAAAAUAAUGAAGGAGCAAAGCAAACUUGGAGCAUAAAAAGAAGAUUAGGCUACUCAGCGUUACCUCCAUGGGCUUGUGCCAAAAUAGCAGAAUCGAGAACUCAAGGAAUAAUGAAUUUUGACAUUGUUGGCAAUGAUGGGAGUAUUUGCUGAAGAGUUGAUCUUCAGGGCAUGACUAUUCUCAAGUAUAACCAAAGAAGAAAUAAAUGGGGAAAACCGAAAUUCUUAGUUUUAAAUUAA